CCCCCACCCGCCAAAAUGGGCAGCGCAGCCAUCGAUGUCCAGCUCCACGACUUCCAGAACAUUUUUAGUCUCGAGGGCAAGGUCGCUGUCGUGACCGGGGGCAGCCGUGGUCUCGGUCUUAAUGUCGCGUCUGGUUUCCUCCAAGCCGGCGCAUCCAAAGUCUACAUUUCCUCACGCAAGGCCAAAGCUUGUGAAGAAGCUGUCGCAGCCUUGAACGCCUUGCCCAACAAGCGACCCGGUGCGCAGGCCAUUUCAGUCCCCGCCGAUGCCUCCAAGGUCUCCGAGCUAGAGCGCCUCGUCGCCGAAGUCUCCAAGACAACCGACCAUGUCGAUAUUCUGUUUGCCAACGCAGGCGCAUCGUGGGGAGCGUCAUUUGACACAACCCCAGAGGGUCCAUUCAACAAGGUCAUGGAUCUGAACGUCAAGAGCGUCUUCUUCACUGCCCAGAAAUUCGCACCUCUUCUGCAGAAGAGAGCCUCGCAGAAAAGUCCUAGCAAGAUCAUCAUCACUGCCAGUGUAACAGGCAUUGGCCCGGGAACAUUGGGUGAAAAUGCCACUUAUGCCUACUCGGCCUCCAAGGCCGCCGCCAUCCACUUGGCCAAGAACCUGGCCGUUGACUUAGGCCCCCGCCAUAUCGUCACUAAUGCCGUUUGCCCCGGAUUCUACCCGACAAAAAUGGCCUCUGGGCUUAUCGACAUGGAAGGAGGAAUAGCUGUCAAGGCGGCCGAGGCCCCCAAUGGACGACUGGGUCUCCCUGAAGACAUUGCCGGGUUGGUGGUAUUCUUGUCGAGUCGAGCCGCUGACCACGUCAACGGUGCCGUCAUCACCACCGACGGGGGAGCCAUCAUUGCAAAAGGAAGAUUGUAAUCAUAUUCGUAUGCCAUGUUCGCGAGUUAGACUACUUAGACCAGGACCUACAGCUUGUGAGUCGGCAGUGAG